GUUCAGGGACUUCUCAGAGGUCAGACAUAAUAUUGUCGGAACUGUAAACCAAUGAAAUACAGUGGGAUGAUUUCAGGCAGAAGAGUGAACCAAUCAUGAAAGUGACUGAGCCAGGACAGGACACGUGCGACACAGAUUACCGUCCCCGGCUUUUCCAGAGUUCCAGCCACGCUCGCUAAACCUAGACUAAUGUGCUGCCGGAAUGUUGUUACCGGCAACAAUCCUGAUCAGGUUAUGGCUAAGUGUCGUGCGUGCGUGCGUGCGCGUGUGUCAGGUGACUGUAUCAGACCCAAACAGGGCUGCACGGUGGCAUUGUCUCCAUGGCCUCCUGUCGGAAGGCCAAAGAAGGAGCCGAGGAAAUUCCGCCCCGCCAGUGAAAGCGACGUAGCCGAGGCACCCCCUAGGUCAAAGCGAAGGACUAUCACGCCAACUGAGGGAGGGGUCACUGUGCAGUCGCUGCCACCCGAGCUGCUGGAGGAGAUUCUGUCCCGGGUGUCAGUCCGUGAUGUCAUCGCCUUCGGAGCAACUUGCAGCACUUUCUACCAGCUGAGCCUGAGCCCCUCCCUUUGGAGGCGGCUCUGCCAUCACCAGGCAGCCAGUGGGCAGCUCGCCGCCCCUCCCUCCACUGACUGGCGAAGGACGGCCAUCUUGAAAUACUCCCAGGGCCUCCAGAUGCAUUGCCUGACAGGUGCCGGUUCCUGGACCUCCCCAUGGCGCAGCUACCGUGCUGCCACUGCUUCUCUGGCCGUGGUCCCGCCCUCGGCUCUGGGCUACAUACGACUGGCGCUCACGCGUGACCACGUCCUGGUGUUUGACUCACGGGGUACCAUCUUCCUGCUCCGCAACACCUUGGCGCUGUCGUCCCACAGCCCCUUGGUCUGGAGGAGGGCCGCAGGCCACAGCGUGCUGUGCCAGAACGCCAAAGAUUUCGCCGUGGACCCCCGUAGUAACACGUCCUUCAGCCAGUUCAUCUACGUCCUCAUUGGCCGUGGCCACGCCGGCUCGGAGCCCUCUCCCAGCAUGCUGCAGUGUGACUGCGUGGAGGUGUACCAGCAGGACACCGGCAACAGAGUGUUCCGGAUGACCUUUCACACCUCCAUGACCUUUGUCCAGCUUCGACUCACCGGCUCUGAGGUCAACCGGAUCCUACUGCUGCUCACCGAUACUGGGAAGGUGUAUAAGCUGUCCGUGAACGAGACCCAGUUGAACACAUCUCGUUCUUACACUGUGCAGCUAGUGCUGAAGAAGAUCAGCACGUUUCAGCCUCAUGUGCCCGUCGCACAGAUCCACACCAGCUUCAGCAGCAUUCUCUACCUCACAGGUGAAGGUUCAGCGUAUGUGGAGGCCCACUCCCGCGGGGUGUACCGUCACCUCUUCGGGACAAACCAGGACUACGACCCUCAAGACCCCCACGACGCCCAGACCCCUCUGCCACUCUUACUACCCUACAAGGUGGUGAAGUGCUCCCUGGGUCUUAGCCACCUGUGUCUUCUGGACGACUGUGGCCGGAUCUUCAUGCAGGGCAUCAACCGCUUCGGGCAGCUUGGCACCGGCGACAAGAUUGACCGCGGGGAACCCACCCAGGUGGUGCUGAACACUCUUCCGGUGGAGGUGUGGUGCGGACUGAACCACUCGCUUGCCCUGCUCCAGAAGGAGUCCGGGGAGAAGGAGGUGCAGGGUUGCGGCUGUGGUUUCGGGGGACGGCUGCCUGGCUGUCCCAAGGGAAGUGCGGUCUUUAUCAAGCUCAGGAUCAGCGUACCCCGCGCUGCCCGUUCUCUCUGCGCCUCCAAGGACUGCCUCUUCCUGCUGUGUUGCCACGACAUCGCUGAGCCUCCCCUGUUCCGCGGUCUGCCUCCUCUGAGGGAGGAUGAGGAGAGCGAAGUGGAGAGAGACGAGAGAAGGAGGCUGCUCUGGCAACUAGCCAAGCUGAGGGAGUGUGAGGGUCUAGGGCGAAAGGUGGGCCUCCUCCGCCAAGCCGUCCAGAAGAACAUGUCCAUCAGCCCCGCCCACCAGGACUUCCUGGUCCAGGCAUUGAACGCCAUCCAUCCUGUGUCCAAUGAACUCACUGACCAGUCGUAAAACACGACAACGUUUGAAGACAAUGCCACUUUUCGGUAGAUUUUUGUUUCAAAUGCUACACAAAAUAAUUGUGGUGGAAGACUGUUAUUUUGUUCAAUAAAAAAGGGUGCAUCAGUAGUCGUGCCACAUCUCUGACUAACUCCCUCCAGUAUCCCUGACCACCUUACAGCUUAGAAAUCAGUUUAUCUACCCACUAAAGUAAUUUCGAUAGAACAGCUUCUGUUGUGGGAGAUAAAACAAUGAAACCUCAUUCAUCUCCAUGAAGGGAAGCGAGCUUGGCUGAUGGAGUUAGUGUCCGGCUACCGUGAUCGGAUGAUUGAGUUUUCUGAGGCUAUGGCACAAUGGCACCGCUGUUUCCAGACCACCCGUAGCGGGCGCAAAGAGGCCAACGGUAAUUUCUGGGGAUACGGAUUUCCCCGGUACCCAAUGGACCGCUCGCCGUUCUGGAUUCUGCACCUGCUGGAUUGCACACCGCCGCCCCCUGCCGCUAUUCCACGGCUAAAGCAGGCCGGAGUGGAACCAUCAGACCUCAUAAGAGGUGAAGGGGAGGGAGUCCUGAUGGUGACUGAUGCUUCGGGUCUGCUGCUAGGCUUUGAUUCGCUGGCCGGUGGCUGGGCGGGGUCUCUGGGCGGGA